CGCUCCGCACCGGCGCGGGUCCGCACUGGCCUCCCGCUCCGCUCGCCGCGCGAUGUGUCGCCCCCGCAGCUCCCUCCCCACCAUGACCGUCCCGCGGGCUCCGACCUCCGUCUCGUCCACCAGCCCCGGACCCCGGCGGGGCUCUGGUCCCGAGAUCUUCACCUUCGAUCCUCUCCCGGAGCCUGCGGUGGCCCCUGCCGCGCGCCCCGGCGCGUCCCGCGGGCAUCGGAAGCGCAGCCGUAGGGUCCUCUACCCGCGAGUGGUCCGGCGCCCGCUCCCGGCCGAGGAUCCGAACCCCGCCAAAAGGCUCCUGUUCCUCCUGCUCGCCGUCAUCUUCUGCCAGAUUCUGCUGGCCGAGGAGGGCGUGCCGGCGCCCCUGGCCCGGGCGGACGUCCCCAGCGGCGCAUCCCCUGCGCCCUCCCCGGCGCCCCCGGUCCUCGAGCCCCUCAACCUGACCUCUGCGCCCUCGGACUACGCUCUGGACCUUAGCACUUUCCUACAGCAACACCCGGCCGCCUUCUAACGCGAGCUCCCCACCUCCCCCCGAAAGAACCGGACAACCCAAGUAAACACCAGGUGUACCUGGUGCGCGAGAGCGUAUCCCAAACUGGGACUUGCGAGGCAACUUGAGCCGAAAGCACGUCGGCAGGGACGCCAGCCCGCGCCGGAGACCAGCCGAGCCGAGCAGCGGCCCUCCGGGGCCAGGCCCGGCGCGGAAGAGCGUCAUUAAUUUAUUUCUCACUGACCCUAAUUAAUAUUUAUACGUAUUUAUGAGUGUCCCCCGAGGUGAUGGAGGGGUGUCUGUAAUAUUUAUUUUAACUUAUGCAGGGGAGCGCGAUGUGCCCCCCGCUGUAAACGCAGAACUCUCGGUAUUUGUUGAGCUUCGUGGGAGAGGUGGAGGCGGGCGCGUGGAGCUGAAGCCGACCCGGAGGGCCGGGGAGCGCCCGGGCGGAGUCGAGGACGCCGCUGGGACGUGGGCUUAGGGGCUGGUGUUCGUCCUCCGGGAUCUGGGCUCCUUGCGUCUGCUGUGUGAGGCCUCGGCGGACCGCUGGGACGAGGUCCUCGGCCGCCGGUCUUCUCCAGUCGCCCCCAGUGCGUGGCUGGGGUGUCGAAGGCCGGCGGGCGGGCGGCGGGGGGCGGCUGCGCGCCGUCCAGUAUGUUCCGUGAACACCAAUAAAGUCGACUUCUUGUCAGUA